AUGAGCCAUGACGGUGGCGACAAUGACAAAGCUCCCACGCACACAGAUGAGAAAAGUGAGAGUCAGGAUGCUAUGAGUGUUAUUGAGUGGGAGGCGGCACUUCUUCGUGUCCAGCAGGCGCUCGCGCUGAUCGAUGCGCCCCUGGCAUCAGGUCGACCAGUGCCACCCCGGCCUAUGAUGCAUGACGGUUUGCUCUAUGGACUGCAUGAUCUGCUGGCGCCUGUCGAAAGUGUACUGCACAUGAAUCCAUCCAGUGCACAAGGCCUUGCGGCUGCCAUCACAGCGGAGUCAAGUCUCUCACCCACGCAAGGACUGCACACGUUCAUCCAGAAAGCUUCUCACAUGCUGGUAAGAGCUGAACAAGUCAAAACUCUGCUAAGUGAGCCACUCGGAGUAUCUGGAAAUCAGCGGAAUGCUCUUAGCAUGCUGGAACGAGGACUUGAACGUUCUCCUCCAACGCCGCACGAUGAGCGUGAAAUCCUCGUUCGUAUACGUAAAAAGCGGCGACAGCUGGACGCCAGAUCCCACAUACCCGACACACUUAAGCCUGUGAAGGAGGCAGAUAAUAUAAUCGUGCGUGCCCGACUGCUUCCUGUGCCCGAUUCUCUUACCUUUGAGGCUGCUACUCCAUGGGUGGACCGAGUGUUGAAGCGCAGUCCGAACCAGCCCCUGUCGAUGGCAGUGCAAGACCUUCUGCAUGAAUUUCAGUUGUAUAUAAAUGAGCGAUGCAAGCAGGAUUCUUGCAUCCUUACUGACAGUCAAGGCUCUUUUCCAUUCCCGGCACGCCGUGUUCGUGCGCGCCUCGCCUUUUGGACGGACACGCUUGGCAGCAUUGAAGUGGAAUUACGCGAUGUAGGUCUGGUCCGCAUACAAGUGCGAGCAGAUCACCACGACGUAUGCAUUACGAAUAUGAGCAUAUGCGCCCCGAUGGAAUACCAAAGCAUCUCAGGCUCAAAUGCCGUGCAGCCAUCUCGAUUCAUGUAUUAUGGUGACAUCAGCAACCAUCUACUUGUGCACGCGCUCUCCAGUCAAAGAUCUUACGGACGCGGUCUAGAGGCCCUCGCACAAACCUGUUUGCACGUGGCUGGACUACGUACCCUGUAUGAUGCGUUGCCCACUCCGUCCACAAGUGUGGCACCCAUGAUAUCCCGUGUAACAUAUGGAAUGCUCAAACCAGAUGCGUUACUUGAUCAUAACCAAACUCUUGUUUGGCAUUGGUGUCGUAUCGUGUCUUCAAUGUCGUCCAACCAAGGCGAGUGGUGCGCCUAUGUUCCUAGCUUACCAUAG